AUGGAGGGAAAUAUCAAGAACGUUAUCAAAUAUUGGAUAGAAGGAGAAAUUGAAAGUUUUAUUAAGGUAUGGUUAUUAAUUUAUGCAACACUUUGCUAUUGCUAUUUAUCAUCCAAAAUUCUUCCAAAAGGUUCAGUUAGGCUCUUUUCUUUUCUACCUGUGAUAUUUUUUUUCCUUUAUGUUCCUCUUAAAAUUAAUUCUGUUCAUCUUUGUGGUAACACUGGUUUUUUUAUUUCUUGGCUUUGUAAUUUUAAGCUUAUUUUACUUGCUUUUGACCAAGGUCCACUUUCUGAUUCUUCACUUUCUAUUACUAAAUUUCUAUUUCUUGCUUGCCUUCCUAUCAAGAUUCAGCAAAAAUCUCAAGAAAAAUCUGAUCUUUAUAUAAAUUUAGCUGAAAAAAAGGAUUUCGCAAAAAAUGACCAUUUUCAAGAAACUACAUUUCCAAGCUCAGUUGAUGAAAUUGAAAACAACCCUUUUCAAAAUGGACAUUUUUAUGAAACCGCAUCUCAAAAAUUAGCUGAAAAAGUGUCUAGUGUGCAAAGUGGAACGGAUUUUGCACAAAAUGGCAAAUUUCAAGAAACCCCAUUUACAAGCUCAGUGGAUGAAACUGAAAACAACCCUUUACAAGAUGCACAUUUUCAAGACACCCCAUCUACAAAAUCAGCUGAAAAAGUUUCUAGUGUGCAAAAAGGAAAGGACUUUGCACAAAAUGGCCAUUUUCAAGAAAGUCCAAUUCCCUCUUUUGCAAAGUCCAACAAAGGCCGAAGGCUAAAUUAUGGCAUAAAGACACUUCUCUUCGCUUUAAUUAUUAGAGUUUAUGAAUAUAGUGAUCAUAUACAUCCCUAUAUCAUUAUGGUCAUCUAUUGCUUCCACAUUUACCUUAGCUUAGAUAUCAUUCUUGCUAUUGUUUCGGGCUUGGCCCGCGGGCUUCUCGGGCUUCAACUUGAACCUCAGUUCAAUGAACCAUAUUUAUCAACCUCACUACAAGAUUUUUGGGGCCGGCGUUGGAAUCUUAUUGUCACUCGUAUCCUCCGACCCACUGUAUACAAGCCUGUUCUAAGCCUCUCCGCAAACAUUUUGGGCCGAAAGUGGGCAGCAAUUCCCGCGGUGAUGGCUACAUUCAUUGUUUCGGGCCUAAUGCAUGAGCUGAUAUUUUACUAUUUGGGCCGGGCUAAGCCCACUUGGGAGAUCACUUGGUUCUUUUUGCUACAUGGGGUCUGUUUAAACAUUGAGAUUUAUGCUAAGAAGGUGAUUAACGGUAGGUUUAAGCUGCCAUGGAUUAUCGGGACAAUCUUGACCGUAGGAUUCAUUAUGAUCACGGGUUUCUGGCUAUUUUUCCCACAAUUGUUACGGAGUAAUUCUGAUGUUAGAGCAUUUGCAGAGUAUGAAGCAAUUGGUGCAUUCUUUAAGGAUGUCACAAGGGCUGUGAAUUCAACAUUUUCGAGAUAAUUCAUCAAGUAGGCGUGUCAAAUGAGCGUGCUGGAUUACAUUUGGACGGGCCAAAAUGGAUUGAGAACGAGUUGGAUAGGUUAUGUACUAGAUGAUUUCUCCACCCUAUGGGUUCUUACACAUGUACCAUAAAGUACGUUGUAAAACGUAACUUUCUUAUAUUUAAAGAGCAUGAGUUUUUGAUUAAGUGAAAUAAUUUCCUGUAUUAUUAAUAAAUUUCGCGUUAAACUAUUCAA